AACCCCCCAAGCCGAAUGGCAUUAUUACAACUACGCCACUUGACACCUCACUCUCUUCCAUUUACUCCCAAGCUCCGCCAUUUCCAUUUCUCUGCUCUCAAAUUCCCUCGCUUCUCCUUCUCCGCCUCUGCUUCAACCACCAUGGCUAAAAAGGUUUUGGUUCCGAUUGCGAACGGGACGGAGCCGAUGGAAGCUGUGAUUACGAUCGACGUCUUAAGGAGAUCGGGAGCUGACGUGACGGUGGCUUCCGUCGAGAAACAGCUUCCUGUUGACGCUUGCCACGGUGUUAAGAUCGUUGCUGAUGCUCUCGUCGUUGAUUGUACUAACACCAUUUUUGAUCUCAUCGCUCUUCCUGGAGGCAUGCCUGGUGCUACCAACCUUAAAAAUUGUGGAGCUCUUGAAAGUGUUGUGAAGAAGCAGGCUGCAGAUGGGCGGCUUUAUGCUGCUGUUUGUGCUUCACCUGCUGUUGCGCUUGGUUCGUGGGGUCUGUUGAAGGGACUGAAAGCCACCUGUUACCCAUCAUUUAUGGAGCAACUGACAUCUUGUGCAACAGCUGUUGAAUCAAGAGUUCAGCAGGAUGGCAAGGUUGUGACAAGUCGUGGACCUGGCACUACCAUGGAGUUUGCUGUGGCACUAGUGGAGCAAUUGUAUGGCAAAGAGAAGGCUGAUGAAGUUUCUGGGCCAUUGGUGAUGCGUCCGAACCAUGGUGAUGAGUAUACAAUCACUGAGUUGAAUCCCAUGGAAUGGAAACGCAAUAAUAACCCUCAGAUCCUUGUACCAAUUGCUGAUGGCUCAGAAGAAAUGGAAGCAGUUAUAAUCAUUGAUAUCCUGCGUCGAGCGAAGGCAAAUGUUGUGGUGGCCUCUGUUGGAGACAAUCUUGAAAUUCUGGCUUCUAGGAAAGUAAAGUUAGUGGCAGAUAUGCUUCUUGAUGAAGCUGCUAAACUUUCAUAUGACCUAAUAGUCUUGCCGGGUGGACUUGGCGGUGCCCAAGUAUUUGCUAACUCAGAUAAGCUGGUGAACUUGCUAAAGAAGCAGAUGCAAUCAAACAAACCCUAUGGAGCUAUAUGUGCAUCUCCAGCGUUGGUCUUGGAGCCCCAUGGCUUACUCAAGGGCAAAAAGGCCACAGCUUUCCCUGCAAUGUGCAACAAGCUGUCAGAUCAGAGUUUCAUUGACAACAGAGUUGUGGUUGACGGCAACCUCAUUACAAGCAGGGGCCCUGGAACUGCCAUGGAGUUUGCACUAGGAAUCGUGGAGAAGUUUUUUGGACGCCAGAAAGCUUUAGAGCUAGCAAAAGUAAUGCUUUUUGUACGCCAGUAGGCGCUGGUCUGAAUGUUUGUCCUCGGUCCUUGCUACCAUAGAAUAUGCUAUGAGAAGAUACAGGGGAAGGUAAAUUUGCGUUUGAAUGUGAACAUGUCACGUGUGCGGUUAUGUACAACAGUUUGUUGAUAAAUAAAUGAGCUUUGGAAGAGCUCAGCAACAAGACUUAUCAUGUGAUAAUCUAACAUCUUUGAAUCCUUGAUUCCUGCCUGGGUGUACAGGCUGAAUGCUGAAAGAGAAUACGAAGCAGAAAAAUAGAUAGUCACUUGUUUCAUGAACAUGUAAGGGCUGAAACCAUUUUCUUGAUUUUCGUUUGGCAGAAGGUAAUAGUAAGUCUAAUGUAUUAAUUCAUUUUUUA